AUGGAUCUGCGAACUGGUUCAACCAUAUCCUUGUCACUAUCAGACCCGCGCAUCGGCGCAAGCUCACCCAUGGCGGUCGUGGCGGCACACGGGACUUGUCAUUUCUCGCGUGCUUGUCACCCGCUCUCGCUUCCUGUUACCACCGCACGCCCCUCCGCUUCCUCCGUCUCCUCCCCUUCCGCCGGUCCCUCUCUCCUGCUCUCUUCCGCGCGCUUCCGCGCGUGGCUUGUGUAUACACCCGCUCUCCGUCCCUCCCCUCACCCCACGGGGAAGGGAGGCGGUCGGAGGGAGGAGAGGGCGGGUGUGGUGAGAGUGCGCGCGGGGAGGAGUGACACGGAGGAGGCGCAGGGUGGUGCGGGGGCUAUGCCGACUCAAAGCGUGCGCGAUUUGCAACGGCCGUACCAGACUUCCAGUCCUUCAGAGCGAGUCAACGCCUUCGUUCGAUUCUUAUAUGGCACAGCUACUUAUGCUGGGUUGGCAACAGCGGCCGUUGCUGGUGCCCAGCUGGCAGGUCUCGAUUGGUCCGGAGGGUUCCAGCUAUCGCUACAAGGAGUGCUGGACGGAUUCGCCUUCUCUGCUCCCGCCAUCGCCCUUGUUCUUGCACUCUUCCAGGAUCGAGUGGCGGAGCGGUGGGAGGUGGUGCGGGCCGUGCGCGACGCAGACGACGAGGAGACAGAGGAGUUUUUCCAGGGCAUGGCAGCGUGGCAGUACACCGUUGUGGCUGUCUCUGCUGCUCUAUCCGAGGAGCUCUUUUUCCGCGCUGCCCUGCAGGCCUUCCUCACCCGCGCUCUCCUGCUUUCCGGCGCUCCCUCCCUUGACGCUCCCGUCGUUGGGAUGGCUGCUCUGACGGGGAUUUGGCCAUACAUGGCGCCCUGCACGCAGUUCUGUGCCGCCACGCUCACAGCCGCGCUCGCCGGCUCGCUGCACUACGCCAUGGCCCUGCCCCGAGAUGCUGUCAUUGUCGUCACGCAGUCAUACAGCCUGGGGGAGCUGCGUUCUGCAAUGAGAGCAUGGCAUGAGCGGCAGGAGCACCAGAAGAUCUACCCCCCCAUGUUUGCGUCUCUGCUGAGCCUCUACUACGGCAUUGAGUGGUACAUGACGGGCAAUCUCGUUUCCCCCAUGCUCACACACGCUCUCCUCAACCUCACUCUCCUGCACAUGAGUUUAGAAGUACAGUAG